AGCUGGAUUUGCCACUGGUGCGACAUGUAGCUGAACCACCAUCGAAGCGAGGACCUAGUAGAGGAGGCCGAUUAGGCUGAGUCGACCAGUUUGAGUCUGGCGGCGAUCCUGUCGAGAGGGACACAAUCGCAGUAAACGAUUCACGUGCGAGUGCUGGAAACGCGAUUCAGUUUGGGGUUGGGAAGGAAAGCCAUCAUAGCAAGCGGUGUGGCUUGUGAGUUAUUGAUUUUUUUUGGCGGCUCAUCGCAGCAAACCACUUGCGACUCAACCCCUUCCCGUUGUCUCGUCCGCCUACUUUGUGUAGUGCAGUGCGUUUGUUUUUAUCGAAGCACCAGUGUGAAGUGUUGAGCUAAUUGAUUAAUCAAUCAGUCGUACAGUUUGAAUAAGCAUCAUGGGUUUACGGAGAAGGACAAUCGAUUCGUCGGAUGUGGCACCACAACCACAGGUUCAUAGGGAAACAUGGGUUUCCACCAAUAAAAUUCUCAACAGUAGUUGCGUCAAUGCAAAGCGCAUGAAUAGCCGCAAUCCCAACUUUGAUUACGAUGAAACCAAAUUGCUCAUCACCCUAUGGGGAGACCCGCAGGUGCAGAAAACCCUUAUCACCACCCACAAGAAGCACCCGGUUAUUGCUGAUCUGGCCAAGAAAAUGCGUGAGCAUGGAUAUAAUCGCUCAACGGAGGAAAUCAACACGCGCAUUAAAAAUCUGAAGUGUUUCUACAACCGCAUCAAAAAGGAUAUGGCUUCCGGAAUCAUCAACCAAACCACCUGGAAGCACUAUUCUGAGAUGGAUGAAAUCAUUAGCCGUCCGGUGUUCGGUAAUGCUCACCGGAUGCACAUGAUGCAACAGCAGCAACAGCAAGAGGAGCAGGAAGAGCUCAAGAAGCAAAUCCUCGAACAGCAGGAGCAAAUGCAGCGGUUUCCGGUCAAGCUAGAGGUUAUGAGUGACGACGACUCGACUGAGAUCCGUGCGGAAGAUUUGCUGACCAUCGAUACGAACCCACCGCCGGAUACAGACGGUGAUGCGCUGGAAAAGGAGGAACUCAACAUCAAAGAAGAUCAUGACAAAGCGAGUGUCGUUGGCGCUGCCAUUGGCGGCGGUGAGGAGGAUGAUGAUGAUGACGAUGACGACGAUGAUAGUGAUUUUGAUGUGGAAAACGAAUUCAAUGACGGCCUGGAUGAAAUACUCUCAAAAGCAAGGUCCGUAACCAAACCGUCAGACUCCACGGCACAGGACCGUUCCAGCCCACACGUUAGUAAUGGCACCAGAACACCCACUCCAGUGACAGCUGUCCCGGCACCAAACGCUUCAAACAACUCCCAGGGCAAAAUAUCUGUGGUUCCAACUAACCUUCUGCUAAAACCGCCAACGUCUAGCAUGAGUAUGAACACACCCAUUCAAAUCUACACACAACCUACCAUGAGUUUGGGACCAGCUACCGCCAUUGCUACGUCACAAACACCUCUCACAUCCACAGCUGGAGCCACCGGAAUGGCUCCCAUGAAGCUACUGCUUGUGAAUACCGUGUCGAAAGAUGGUACCACGAAGCAAAUCCUAACCCCCGCUUCGGAAAUUCCGCAAAUGCCUCAGAUGCGACCAGCUCCCAUGCUACAGCCGAAGCCCGCCAUCAUUCCAAUCACGUCCAAACCCCCAACAGUGAGCAUCCCCGCAAUCAACGUACCUCAGCAGCCUAUUAGUAUGAUGCCCACAAUGACGGCUGCGCCUUGCGUGGCCAAACCAAAGCCAGUUAUCCCGGGUGAAAAGUCGUCAGGUGUCAAGAAAAUGUUCGGUCAGCUAAUUGCCAUUCAACGUGAAAACCUGGCAGUGUCUAGAGCAAGGCUAGCCCUCGAAAAGGAGCGGCUAGAAUUCGAGAAGCAGAUUGGAGGUCCUCUGGUUGAUGUGGUGCGAAGUCUGAGCGGUUUCUUCAACGGAUUCCUACAGCAUCAAGUGCAACAAAAGCAACAGGCCGUGAACGGAAGCCAUAAGCAGAAUGGUCCACCUUUAGCUAAGAAAAGACGUACUGAGGGCAGUGUUGAGAAGCAACAGCAGUCAGCCGUAACCACUACUGAACCCGUCAAAACCGAAGUGAUAAGUGAUGAUGACAACUGAUAGGAUAUUCUUCAAUGUUGGUCUAUUCAUCGUACCUAAGUUGUUUUGUGUUUGCUUUUCAUGAGUUUAUAAUUUAUUUAAAUUAUUUCUGUAAACAGACAAAAAUUAUUGAUAAUAUUUAUUGAACUAGACUACAAAGAUAUAGUAUUUGACACUUCUGAAAUAUGAAUAAAAAAUUCCUUAUAUUUCUAGUAACAA